AAGUUAGUAGUUCAAAUAUAUACUUUGAAAAAGGAAAUGCACCGUUAGAUUAUUCAGUAGCUGUACCAUUAUGGCAUCCACUUCUGCAAGAAAUAGUGUACUGAAUUGUGCCUGUUUCCACCUGCUGCUUCUCCUCUUCUUCGCUGAAAAUACAGAGUCAGGCAGGAUUGUGAAGACUCUACCUGGCUACUCAGGUGAUUUGCCAUUCCAGCUCGAAACUGGAUAUAUAACAGUGAAUGAAUCUGAGCUGUUCUACUUGUUUGUGGAAUCACAAGGAAAGCCUCAACAAGACCCACUUUUGGUGUACUUGAUUGGAGGUCCUGGUUGUUCUGCUUUGAAUGGAUUUUUCUUCCAAACUGGUCCACUAGUUCUUAAUACUGCUAACUAUAGUGGGGGCUUGCCACAAUUAUUGAACAAUCCAUAUUCAUGGACAAAGUCAUCUAGUAUAAUAUUCGUAGACGCUCCUGUUGGGACUGGUUAUUCCUAUGCAACAAUCCCUGAAGGUUACUAUACAUCAGAUACUGAAUCCACAGCGCAGAUUUAUAUGUUCCUGAGAAAGUGGUUGUUUGAUCACCAAGAAUACAUAGAAAAUCGAUUCUUUAUCGCUACUGAUUCAUAUAGUGGGGUAAUAGCUCCAAUACUUGCUCAAGAAAUAUUAGAAGGUAACAAAGCAGGACUUCAGCCAGCCAUAAAUCUAGAAGGAAUAUUGAGUGGAUCUCCACAUAUAAAUGCUACUCUUGAAUCAAAUUGUGUCAUACCUCUUGCUUACCAUUUGGCACUUGUUUCCCAGUCUCUUUAUGAGUCUGCCAAAAAUAGCUGCAAUGGAAAUUACGUAGAUGUAGAUUCGUCCAAUGCAGCAUGUUUAGAGGAUCUCGAAGAAAUAGAUGCGUGCAUUGAUCCGAUUAAUGAUGAAAAUAUUUUGGACCCUGUUUGUGCUAAAUUAUCCCCAAAAUCAGACGGUGAACAAUUUCGAAGAUCUCUCAGAGAAAAUUCAAGAAAUUCCCGAACCCGUUUCCGGAAAUUUCAUAACUAUUGGUGCCGGAAUUUCGAAUACAAGCUCUUAGACAUAUGGGCCAAUGACAAAAGUGUCCAAGAUGCUCUUUAUGUUCGAAGGGGAACUAUUGAAGAAUGGUAUAGGUGCAAUAUAUCUCUGCAAGAGAAUGCAUACACAUAUAACAUUCAAAGUGCUGUUGAUUAUUAUAGAAAUCUGAGUGCCAACUAUGGCACACAAGUUCUACUUUACAGUGGUGAUCAUGAUUUGGUUGUUCCAUAUAUUUCUACUCUGGACUGGAUGGAGACUCUAAACCUUACUGUAGAUUAUGCUUGGCGGCCAUGGUUUGUUGAAGGUCAAGUUGCAGGGUAUACACUUAGGUAUGAAAAUUAUGGAUUCCGCAUGACAUUUGCGACUCUAAAGGGAUCAGGGCAUUCUCCUACUCAAUACAAGCCUUUACAAUGUUAUAACAUGUUUGAAAGGUGGAUCCAUUAUUACCCACUUUAGGCAAUGCAUACAGCAGCUGAGGAUGGCAUGUUCCCAGUGAAGUAAACUAAAUAAAAGGGUUCUUGGAAUUUCUUUCCUGUUUUUUAUUGGGGAGACUUCUGAUCUAUGUUUGUAAAAGAAGCUUGUACUAUAAUGAAUGUAUGCAUGAUCAUUUUAUCAUGGAUGCUAGUGAAUAAUGACAUGACAAUAUCAGAAAGAAAAGUCCUUCUGCAUUUCAAGAUUUCAA